AUGUCCAAGGCCACACCCAAGGCAGGGAUCACCCUGUUCUCCAAGGAGGGCGACGCGUUGAAGUUUGUGCACUCGCCCACGGCCAGCGGGGACGUUUCCCUCAAGCACAAGUUCAGCAACAAGGUCACGCUCGGCGUCGGCUUCUCGGACACGACCGUGAGGAAGAUCAGGUCCGUGCCUGGCCUUGUGCUGUCGGGUGACCUCAAGGUCAACAAUGAUGUCACGCUGAGCUUGGCCCACAACCUGGCCAACAAGGCCCUCAAGACCGGCAUCACCUACAACACCAAGGCACGGCGGGCGGGGAGGAGGUUGCGAGGCAUUGGCAGCAAGAAGUCGACCCUCAAGCUCAACUACCUGACCAAGGGGGCCGUGAUCACGGGGGAGGUGCUGACCCAGGUGGCGCCCAACAAGAAGGUCACCGUCGCAUUCAACCGCAACGAGGGGUGA